UUAACCAACAUUCCAGGUUUCAUCAUGGUCGGCAUAGCCACAGGUGAUCGCAUCAGCUGUGGAAGGAGAGUGGAUGUUCAGUUCCAACCCGGAAGCUGCCUGAGUAUUUACAAGAGGCUGGGAGUGGACAUCUUGACCACGCCCACCACUUCCGGGAGAGAUGUGGAGGUUGGGCCACCAAGAAAGCGUUAUAUUCAGGCUUCCAAUCAAGCAGUAUUUCAAAACACAGGACCCAAUCGUACAAGUGGCAGAGUGGUGACAAAUGGGGUGGCAAAACCUCUGUUGAGCAAUGAACAAAUACAACAAUUCAUAACGUCCACAGUUCUUCCUAGUGGUCGCUCAGUCACCAGCACUGAGACAGUGAACCCUAAUGUCACCAAUUGUACUGUGUAUCCUUCUCAACCUGGGACUAGGAUACAACAACAGACUGAUUUCACAAAUGUGCAUCCAAAACUGACUUUAAAUGAGCUGAGAUCUGGACAGACCCUACCAUGGGUGUCCAUCCAGCAUCAGACCCAGGACAGGGGACUGCAAAGGCAAACAGAAUACAGUGUACAACAGCUAGCCAUAAACAGCCAGGGACACAUUCAUCCCUCAGACCAGACUACUUUUGCUGUCCAAAUUCUUAACCCGACUUUGACACAGGCAGAGCUUCAACAGCCAAUCUCUGCAAAUGAACUGAAUUUGGCCAGUUUUGGGGUCCAAGACUAUACUCCAACCAUUGUGACAGAUGAAUGGGUUAAUGGGACAACACUACAAAUUCCUACCAACAUCACCAAUGUUCCAUCAGUUACUGGAGUGUAUGAUCAGACCAUUCAUCUACCACAGCAAUCAGUCCAUGGAGUCAGUAGUAACUGUUACUACAAUGGUGUACACUCACCUGUGGUAACACCCACACCUAAUGUGACAACACCUGGACCAUCAGCUGAGUAUCCCCAGAGGUCUUCUGCUAAGCUUAAAUCAUGGAGUCUUCAACCACAGAGUGUACCUGCAUUUGUGGCACCAGUUGAAGCACAAACAAAAUCUAAACCCAAAAAGUCAAAGGAAAAGAUUCCUAAAACUGUUUCUCAGGGACAGUAUGUUAGUGCAGACAAAAAUUUGACUUCCAAAAGCUCAAUGGCCAAAGGGAGUAGAAAACUGGAGAAAAACAAUGCAAAACCCAUGCAGCAAUCAGUUGGAAAGCCAGUGGAUGUAACUUUGCACCAGACUGAGAAUUCUGUACAAACUUCUUUAGCUCAGAAAGGUGGCAAGAAGGGAGUCAAGCGCAUUGUUGUUCCACCAAAGGCUCAGACAGAUUCAGUGGAAUAUCCUCCAUAUGUGGCCAGAAUUAUGAGGAUCCUGAACAGGCAAAAACAGGGUCAGGUGGAAUCUGCCGAUGAUAAAAAGGAAACAGAAUCUGAUGUUUUCACAUCCAAACAAAUGACUUCUGUUGGUAAAAAAGAUACGGGCAGAUCUGAUUCUACUCCUAAACAGGCUACUACUGCUACUGUCCAAAAAGCAACCAACACUGUGGACUCGAGCCCUAAAAAAGCAACCGACACUAUGGACUCAAGCCCUAAACGGGGUGUUGUAGCUAGAACUCCAGUGUCAUCAAAGCAGUCUGUACUAGAAAUGAAGUUUCAGCAAAAGUCCUUGUCUAGUAGUGCUGAACGGAAGGUUAUUGAGAAAUGUAGCCAGUUGAAAUAUGGGUCCAAACAAGAGCCAAUGUCUAUCAAAAAGACACUCCCAGAGGACUACAGACCAGUGGUUAACACAGCCCUGUUACUAGAUGACUUACCACCUGACAGUGUUACUCUGUUAGAAGCAGACAGUUUCUAUGGACCAGAGAUUCUUGUCACUUCUGGCUCUCACUGCUUUGUGGCUUCUGUACCUUUCUUUUGAAUGGAAGACACAGACUUUUGAAUAUUAUUGGAGAUGUUGCUGAUAUUCAGUGAUGGGACUUUAUUAGUGAACCAUAGUGAACUUUAACCACAGUCUUUCAUUGCCGUUAAAUUUCUGCAAUUUUCUUUUUGAUUGAUUUUUAUUUCUGGAUAGAACUUUUGACUAUUUUUAUACUUUCUUAGCAGACAUGGAUUAUAGAAUUUCCAUGAUAUUCGUUAAAACUUUUAGAUAAGAAGUUGAACAUAUGAGCUAUUAUUUCAGUAUCAUAAUUAUUCAUUACUACGUGCCA